AUGUAUCGUGGCGGUCCACGAACAUCCGACUUCCUCUCCCGGUUCUUCUCAUUGCUAGAUAUAUCUGGAUCUUUAUCGUCUGGCAGAGGUCCACUGAUUCAAGGAAAUUACUGGCUCAAUGUUGGUUUGCAUGCGAACGGUGCGCCUGAUCAUGCCACAUUGAAGUGGCCAGACUACGAUGACGGGGCAGUAAUGGUGGACGCUUUCCACGAAUUGAUGGUUCACAUGGCGAGUCUCUCCAACCUCUCGGCCAAGUCGAUGACCGCCUUUGGACGACAAAACUCCCAAUUGAUCUACGAGAAAGCUGCAUCUAUCGAACGAGAGCUGGAGCGGUGGUGGUCCUUGCAAGCUCCCGAGCUGCGCGAUCAGAACAACGAUUGGCGAAGUCAACCGCGACCAAGACCACUAGACGAGCAAGAAACACUGGAAGAAGAGUCCUUCUCCAGUGUCCGAUGCUGCAAGUAUGCAUGCACCAUCUAUCUCCAUCACAUCAUCAAUCCGGUCCCUUCUCAGCCUCGAGGACUCCCAGUGUCCGCAGCAGUUGAGUGCAUCUUAGACAUCGCCAGAAAGACGCCGGAAGGCUAUGGGUUGGAGAUGGGCCUCCUUUGGGGGUUGUUCAUGGCUGGAGUUGCCACGUUUAAUGAUAACGAAGCAGAGGCUCUCAUACGUCGGAAGCUAAGCCCCGAUGCGCGGAUCAGCAUCUACCAUGCCAACAGAGGGCUGGAACUGUUGCAAGAGCUCUGGGAUCGACAGCAUCGAUCUAGUCGGAAAGUCGAUUGGAGAGAGCUCCAAAGAGAAAUGGGUAUUCAAGUCUUCAUCCUCGCGUAG